GAGUAGGUCAGUUAGGUAUGAAGAGCGCAAAGCUUAACUUAGUAGAAAUUAGUGUGUACAAAUAAACUCGAAUUGAGCGAGUAGUGGAGAAAAUAAUAAUUUAAUAUUCGACAAUCUUUAAGCUAGGAGGAAUUUAUACUUAUAUGUGGAAUCGAUAAUUUUCAGAAAAAAACUUCGCGGUGGUUGAAGCGCAAAUUUCGUUCAUCUAAAUUAGUAAAAGUUCUCUAAUACACCUCAUCUACAACUACAAUUACGAUAUUAAAGGGCUCAUUUCCGCAGAUGCAUCAUCGGCUUUUUAACAGUAGAGAAAUUUAACAGAGCCGAGAUGAGUACUGAUCAGGCUUCAACGAGCCAGGCACCUAAGAGCGGCACAACUAUACAAGUCAUUGCGGAGAAGCUCUCAGCUAAUGUUUAUCAGAUGGUUUCGAAUAAAAAUGAGAGCACAUCACAAAGCAGUAUAUGGCAAAUUUUUGCGAAAAUCAAAACUGACACUGGAAUGUUUAUUGAAAACUUUGUUGUAUGUAGUAAAUGUAGUAAAAUAUUUGUAUUCACCGACAACAUUUGGAAGUUGCUCAAACAUAAGUGUUAUGUCACUAUGAAACUCGAAAAGACACAUCAAAUUUGGACUAGUAUUGAACUCAAAAUGAAGGAGAAUUUAGAACGCAUAUGUUUGCAAUGGACAAUUGACAAUUGUCGACCAAUUGAUACGAUCGAAGACUCCUGGACACAAAAACUUGAUGCAUAUUUAAGAAAUAUUGGUACGAGAUUUGGACAACAUGUAAAUAUGGAAGACAUAUUGCCUGAAACGGUAUCAAUAUCGCAAUAUGUGCAGAAAUUAUACGCAAACUAUUUUGAAGAAGUGAAGACUGAAUUGAAGUGGAUGCAAAGAAUCGGUUAUGGCUUAACUAUUGAUGUUUGGAGCGCGGAUCAGUUAGAUAAAUCAUAUGUUUUCCUAGCGAUUCACUACAUAAAAAAUGAGAAAUUAGAAAAUCGCUUUUUGGGAAUGCAUAGGAUUCAAAGUGCUAUUUAUACAAGUGACGACAUUAAAUCCGCAGCUGAAGAAAUCUUGAAAAAAUUUGAUUGCGCACUUGACGACAAGGCUAUUAUUGUCACUGACAAGGGCGAAAUCAUGAUGGAAGCCUUUAAGUCGAACAAUCGAAUUUACUGCCUAAACUAUCUACUACAAAGCGCGAUGGAUGAGGCCAUAUUUAGAACUCCCGAAAUCGGAGAACUGUUGGAGACGUGUACAAAACUUUACAAUUUCUUAACAAGUGUUAGUGAUUUAUUUACCAUCUCCGAUCAAUUUGUUUCCCAACGAUGGGAGACAGAUUUCCGUAUUCUUUCUUCACUAGCCGAUUACUGGAAUGAAGCACUUGAAAUAAGUAAGGGACACGAGGGCGAAGAGUCACGCAUAAUUGAAAAUCUAAACUUGCAAAACAUUAUUGGAUUACUAAAAAUUUAUAACGUUUACGAGUUGCCAACUAAAGACCUGGAUUGUGGUUACAUUCCGACGAUUCAUUUGGCAGUAAUUCAUGUAAAAGUCUUAGAGCGGCUUUAUGCCAAUACCUUAAAUAAUUCGGAUAUAAUAAAGAAAUUUAAAGAAAAUUUGCUAGAGGUCUUGGGAACAUUUUUUCUGAGCAAUAUGACAAUACACCACAAAAUCGCUUUGUAUCUAUUCCCUGCUCUCAGAGAACUAAUUAUGCUCAGUCCAAACGAUAAAGAGUUGGUACGAGCUGAAUGCAAACGGAUUAUGCAAAGAUAUGUAGACGAAGAACCUUCCGUAGCAAGUUUGGUAUACGCAACACUGCAAGCCGAACAUGAACAGUUGAUAUUAGGAUUCCUAAAUAUGCUCACUGUAAGAGAUAUUCAAGAAACAAAUUUAGUUGAUCCUGCAGCUUUUGCCGAUUUUGUGAUACCAUACGAAGGGAUGGAUAAUGCCGAGGAAAAGAUAAAUAACGAAAUACGAGCGUAUGAGGACACCAAUGUCACAGAUCAUGAUAGUUUCAAUCCACUUAAUUGGUGGGAUGUGUAUAAGCCACAAUUUCCCUUAUUGUACAGAAUCUGUUGCAAAAUAUUCGCAGUCCCAGCUACGGCUGAAGCUUGCAAAGCCAUAAUAGAGAAAGCAAUACCCCUAAUUUUUAAAUGUGAAAGCAGAGACGAUGAUCUCCAUCCAACAUUUGUGAAUGAUGUGCUGUUCUUGCAUUUUAAUGUAGAAAAAAGCAAAUUGUUUUAUAAAAUAAUGGAGGAAAACUUUGAAAAAUUUGUGAAUAUUGUGAAUCAGGCUUCAACGAGCCAGGCACCUAAGAGCGGCACAACUAUACAAGUCAUUGCGGAGAAGCUCUCAGCUAAUGUUUAUCAGAUGGUUUCGAAUAAAAAUGAGAGCACAUCACAAAGCAGUAUAUGGCAAAUUUUUGCGAAAAUCAAAACUGACACUGGAAUGUUUAUUGAAAACUUUGUUGUAUGUAGUAAAUGUAGUAAAAUAUUUGUAUUCACCGACAACAUUUGGAAGUUGCUCAAACAUAAGUGUUAUGUCACUAUGAAACUCGAAAAGACACAUCAAAUUUGGACUAGUAUUGAACUCAAAAUGAAGGAGAAUUUAGAACGCAUAUGUUUGCAAUGGACAAUUGACAAUUGUCGACCAAUUGAUACGAUCGAAGACUCCUGGACACAACAACUUGCUGCAUAUUUAAGAAAUAUUGGUACGAGAUUUGGACAACAUGUAAAUAUGGAAGACAUAUUGCCUGAAACGGUAUCAAUAUCGGAAUAUGUGCAGAAAUUAUACGCAAACUAUUUUGAAGAAGUGAAGACUGAAUUGAAGUGGAUGCAAAGAAUCGGUUAUGGCUUAACUAUUGAUGUUUGGAGCGCGGAUCAGUUAGAUAAAUCAUAUGUUUUCCUAGCGAUUCACUACAUAAAAAAUGAGAAAUUAGAAAAUCGCUUUUUGGGAAUGCAUAGGAUUCAAAGUGCUAUUUAUACAAGUGACGACAUUAAAUCCGCAGCUGAAGAAAUCUUGAAAAAAUUUGAUUGCGCACUUGACGACAAGGCUAUUAUUGUCACUGACAAGGGCGAAAUCAUGAUGGAAGCCUUUAAGUCGAACAAUCGAAUUUACUGCCUAAACUAUCUACUACAAAGCGCGAUGGAUGAGGCCAUAUUUAGAACUCCCGAAAUCGGAGAACUGUUGGAGACGUGUAGAAAACUUUACAAUUUCUUAACAAGUGUUAGUGAUUUAUUUACCAUCUCCGAUCAAUUUAUUUCCCAACGAUGGGAGACAGAUUUCCGUAUUCUUUCUUCACUAGCCGAUUACUGGAAUGAAGCACUUGAAAUAAGUAAGGGACACGAGGGCGAAGAGUCACGCAUAAUUGAAAAUCUAAACUUGCAAAACAUUAUUGGAUUACUAAAAAUUUAUAACAUCUACGAGUUGCCAACUAAAGACCUGGAUUGUGAUUACAUUCCGUCGAUUCAUUUGGCAGUAAUUCAUGUAAAACUCUUAGAGCGGCUUUAUGCCAAUACCUUAAAUAAUUCGGAUAUAAUAAAGAAAUUUAAAGAAAAUUUGCUAGAGGUCUUGGGAACAUUUUUUCUGAGCAAUAUGACAAUACACCACAAAAUCGCUUUGUAUCUAUUCCCUGCUCUCAGAGAACUAAUUAUGCUCAGUCCAAACGAUAAAGAGUUGGUACGAGCUGAAUGCAAACGGAUUAUGCAAAGAUAUGUAGACGAAGAACCUUCCGUAGCAAGUUUGGUAUACGCAACACUGCAAGCCGAACAUGAACAGUUAAUACUAGGAUUCCUAAAUAUGCUGACUGUAAGAGAUAUUCAAGAAACAAAUUUAGUUGAUCCUGCAGCUUUUGCCGAUUUUGUGAUACCAUACGAAGGGAUGGAUAAUGCCGAGGAAAAGAUAAAUAACGAAAUACGAGCGUAUGAGGACACCAAUGUCACAGAUCAUGAUAGUUUCAAUCCACUUAAUUGGUGGGAUGUGUAUAAGCCACAAUUUCCCUUAUUGUACAGAAUCUGUUGCAAAAUAUUCGCAGUCCCAGCUACGGCUGAAGCUUGCAAAGCCAUAAUAGAGAAAGCAAUACCCCUAAUUUUUAAAUGUGAAAGCAGAGACGAUGAUCUCCAUCCAACAUUUGUGAAUGAUGUGCUGUUCUUGCAUUUUAAUGUAGAAAAAAGCAAAUUGUUUUAUAAAAUAAUGGGGGAAAACUUUGAAAAAUUUGUGAAUAUUGUAGAAAACACGUAAUACUGUGAUAUAUGAUGAUAAAAAAUAAGUUCUUUAUAAACAAAUAUCUGCCGAAAAUCCACUUAAAACUGUAGAUCCCUCCAUUUGUGGAACAACAUUAAGACGCCACAAAUAGGAGAGGAAGCUCGUCCAAACACCUAACCAAUUAUUUAUUUAUUUAUUUUUUCUAUUUAUUUAUUUUAAUGGCAACAAACCGCACAUUUAUGUAUUUAUAUAAGUAUUUAUUUAAGACUUUAUUUAAGAAAAAUGUUUUGCACCUUUACUGACAAUCAGAAAGAACAAAAAUAAUAAAUUGUUUGUAUGCUCAGAUUUUUGUAAAAUACUUUGAAUUGCG